AUGUCGCUCACCAUCUACGACGGCAAUGCCUCCACCUCGGACGAGCUCACCUUGACUGUCCUUGGCUGCGGUACCAUGGGUAUCGCCAUUCUCAAUGGGAUCCUCUCUUCUCUCCAGGAGAUGUCCGCCCCUAAACCAUUACAGACUCUUGCUGGGUCAGGCCAUUCCACGCCUCUGGAGGACGAAAUUCCCCGCCGUCUACCUUCCCGCUUCAUCGCCUGCGUUCGCCGCCCCGAGAGCGCAAAGAAGGUGAAGAAGGCUCUCUGGGAGCACUCCUCUGUUCUUAAGGUCGUGCAGAAUGACAACAUCGCCUCGGUCCUGAAAUCCGAGGUCAUCCUCCUCGCCUGCAAACCCUACAUGGUAAAGGAUGUCCUCAGCGAGCCCGGCAUGGCUCGCGCUCUGCACGGCAAGCUUCUCAUUUCCAUCUGCGCUGGCGUCACCGAGGCGGACCUGGAAGAAGUCCUUCAUGGCGUUGCACCCACCAAGAGCCCCGAGGAGGACGGCCGCUGCCGUGUUAUCCGCGCCGUACCCAACACUGCCUCACUCAUUCGUGAGAGUAUGACCGUUAUUGGCACCUCGACCUGGCCGCUCCCCCAGGAAAUCUCAAGCUUGGUUACCUGGAUCUUCAGGCGCAUCGGUGACGUGGUCUACCUCCCUCCCAACACCAUGGACGCCAGCACCGCACUUUGUGGCUCCGGUCCAGCUUUCUUCGCGCUCAUGCUUGAGGCUGCUAUUGACGGUGCCGUUGCUAUGGGUCUCCCCCGUGCCGAAGCCCAAAGGAUGGCUGCUCAGACAAUGAGGGGCGCUGCUGGCCUUGUUCUGAAUGGCGACCAUCCGGCCCUCCUGCGUGACAAGGUCAGCACUCCUGGCGGCUGCACUAUCGGAGGCUUGUUGGUGCUUGAGGAGGGUCGCGUCAGAGGCACGGUUGCGCGGGCCGUACGUGAAGCGACUGUUGUUGCUAGCCAACUUGGUCAGGGUGUUCAGGGUGUCAACGGCACUCGAUUCCCCGCGCAAUCAGGCUUCCCCGGUCAGUAA